AUGCCUUGCAAACGUGAACAGAGAGUUCAUAUCACACCAGCAGCAGUCCAUGGGGCUGCCUCAGGAAAGACACCCUUCAGCUGGGCAGUUGUAGCAGCCACAGCAGAUGUCCCAGCAUCCCUGGGACUUCCCAGGUCAGAGGAGCUGCAGUCAGUGCUAGGAACAGACAGGAACAGGACCAAGGGUGUUAUCCAUUCUCUACUGCUGCUCUUUAAAAUCAUUUUGAGAAGCAAUGAAUGCUCAAUAAUUAAUUUUCCAUUGCAGGGUUUGUUAUCAUUCAGGGAUGUGGCUGUGGACCUCUCACAAGAGGAAUGGGAAUGUCUAGACUGUGCUCAGAGGGCUUUGUACAUGGAUGUGAUGUUGGAGAAUUACAACAAUCUACUUUUUGUGGAGAACCAUCACAUAUGUCCUAAGGAUGAGAAGGUCUUGCAUGAGGAGACAGAGCAUUUUAUCCAUGAUCAUGCAAGUAUCCAAGAGGAAACUUACAAAUGUAGUGAGCUUGUCAAAGUGGUUCUUGAAUCCUGCCUUCAUACACCUGAUGACACAAGUGAUCCUGUAGAAAAUUACAGUAAGUACAGAUUUGGAAAACACAGAGAUGCUUCUGUCGUAACCUUAAAUCUCAACAGACACAAAAAUGGGAAUGCUGGAGAAGAACCUCACAAAUGUGAAGACUAUGUGACUUGUUUAAAUUUGUUUUCUGUCAUUAGCCAAAAUGAACGAUAUCACACAGGCGUGGAAGAACACAAAAAUGCAGAGUCUGAUAAAUCUUUUGUCUGUGAAAGAGAAAUGACACUGAAAGAAACUUAUAGUGGGAGGAAACCACACCAAUGCAGGAAAUGUGGAACAUGCUUCACACAAAAAAACUAUCUUAGAAAACAUUACAUAGUCCACACAGAAGAGAAACCUUACAAGUGUAGCAAUUGUGAUAAAUGUUUUACCCAGAAGUGCAGUCUUAAAAUUCAUCAGACAAUACAUAGAGGAGAGAAACUUUACAAAUGUAGUGAAUGUGACAAAUCCUAUAACACAAAAUACAAGCUUGGAAACCAUCACAGAGUCCACACAGGAGAGAAACCUUACAAGUGUAUUGAAUGUAACAGAUCUUUUGCCCAGAAAUGUUAUCUUAUAAAGCAUCAGAUAACACAUACAAGAGAGAAACCUUACAAAUGUACUGAAUGUGAAAAAUCUUUUGCUCAAAAAACAUACCUUAUAAAUCAUCAAGGAAUACAUACAGGAUAGAAACCUUACAAAUGUACUGAAUGUGACAAAUCUUUUGCCCUGAAACAUUAUCUUAGACAGCAUCAGAGAAUACACAGAGAGGUGAAAGCUUACAAAUGUAAUGAAUGUCAUAAAUCCUUUUCCUUGAGACAACAUCUUAGAUGUCAUCAAAUAAUUCAUUCAGGAGAGAAGCCUUAUAAAUGUUGUGAAUGUGACAUGUCCUUUGCCCAGAAAGGGCAACUUAAAAUUCACCAUAGAAUACAUACAGGUGAGAAACCUUACAGAUGUAGUGAAUGUGUCAAAUCCUUUAAUGCUAAAGGGAAUCUUACAGUUCAUCAUAGACUACAUACAGGUGAGAAACCUUACAGAUGUAGUGAAUGUGACAAAUCCUUUACCCAUAAAGGAUCUCUUACAAAACAUCAGAUAAUUCACACAGGAUAA